AGUCUUCUUCCUGUCAAACAACACGUUGUCAGCUGACGUGUAACUGUAACUCUCCUUCCUUAACCUGCUGCUUCCAACAGAGAUAACUUCCACCUUUCCUUCACUUUCAAGGCUCAAAUCACAACAAUUGUUCAAUCAAUAAAUCAUCACUUUGAAACUAAUUCAACCGCCAUAGAUUUACCUUCUUAAUCCUCAACCUCAUAACAAACGGUUACCAGAUUUAACCGACAGUUUCACCGUUUUCUAGGGUUUCGGAACCGUUGAUUAGCUCUUAUGGCAUUGUUACGGAAGCUGUUCUACAAGCAACCGCCUGAUGGACUUGUUGAGAUCUCAGAACGAGUUUACGUUUUCGACUGCUGUCUCACUACCGAUGCUUGGGAACAAGAAGAUUAUAAAAAUUACGUGGUAAAUACGAUUACUCGGCUUAAGGACCAUUACCCCGACGCUUCCAUCUUGAUUUUUAAUUUUGGUGAGAAAGAAUCAAGCCAAAUUGCAUCGGCGUUGUCAGAUUACGACUUAACCAUUAUGGACUACCCUAGACAAUACGAAGGUUGUCCGUUACUCCCUAUGGAGGUUAUCCACCAUUUUCUACGAUCUAGCGAAAGCUGGCUUUCACUCGGGCAACAAAAUAUUCUCCUGAUGCACUGCGAGCGGGGCGGUUGGCCCGUUUUAGCUUACAUGUUGGCUGCACUCUUGAUUUACAGAAAACAUUACACUGGGGAAUACAAGACGUUGGAUAUGGUUUAUAAGCAAGCUCCUCAUGAAUUGUUGCAGUUUUUGUCACCUUUAAAUCCUUUACCUUCUCAGUUAAGGUAUUUACAAUAUGUAUCACGACGAAAUGUGGCUUCAGAAUGGCCUCCAUCGGACCGGGCACUAAUUUUGGACUGUGUGAUAAUCCGCGCGAUUCCUGAUUUUGAUGGAAACGGUGGUUGCUGCCCUAUUUUCAGGAUUUAUGGUCGUGAUCCCGUCUCUUCUGGCGAUAAAACUUCCAAACUUCUGUUUUCAACCCCCAAAAAGAGCAAGAACGUCCGAUACCACAAACAGGCAGAAUGUGAACUGAUUAAAAUUGAUAUCAAUUGCCGAGUUCAAGGUGACAUUGUUCUAGAGUGUAUCAGCUUACACAAUGAUCUGGCUCGGGAAAAAAUGAUGUACCGUGCCAUGUUCAACACAGCAUUUAUUCGGUCCAAUAUUUUAAUGCUUAGUCGUGAUGAAAUCGACAUACUUUGGGAUGCUAAAGAUCUAUUUCCCAAAGACUUCAGGGCUGAGCUUCUUUUCUCAGAUAUGGAUGCUGCAGCUUCUACAGUUCCGUUAGAGUUGGCUGGUAUUGAGGCAGGUGGUCUCCCAAUAGACGCAUUUGAUAAAAUUCAAGAGAUUUUUAACAGCGUGGAUUUGCUAGACCCUAAAAGUGAUGCUGCCCUAAAUGUUCUCCAUCAGUUAGCCUCAUCAAAGGUUGAUGACUUUGCAAGAUCACCGCCAUUGUCACCUUCAAAUUCUUCUGUGAAGACACCCGUCAUUUCCCAAAAAUCAAAGGAAGUUGCAGAUAAUAAGGUUAAAGUUACACUUACUCCACAUCAUCAUAGCCCAUCGGUAAAGGAGGUUAAGGAAGUUACCGUUGAACCUUCUACUCCAACACACCCUAAAACUCCACCUUUGAUGGACAAUAUAGGUAUUUCACUUGAACCUGUAGGAUCUCUGUCAACAGGUCAUUUAACUGAGUCACCAUCCUCGCCCUCUAUCCUCCAUCGUAGCUCAUUAAAGAAGGACAAAUCAGAUCAUAAGGACCAAGCUGUUAGAACAGCAACAUCAACCGCACCACCGCCGCCGCCACCACCGCCAAUUAUGAGAGCUGCCCCCCCUCCACCAUCGCCGCCGCCACCGAUUAUGAGAGCUGCCCCCUCUCCACCACCACCGCCACCGCCGCCGACUAUGAGAGCUGGCCCCCCUCCACCACCACCACCGCCACCGCCGCCGACUAUGAGAGCUGGUCCCCGUCAACCACCGCCGCCACCACCGAUUAUGAGGGCUGGUCCCUCUCCUCCUCCUCCACCACCACCACCACCAGCAGUUACGAAAGCUGACCCCUCUCCACCACCACCACCACCACCACCUCGUCCUACAAAGUACGGUACAGAUGCAGGAGUCGUAUCACCGGUGCCACCACCACCACCACCUCUUGUUUCACGGAAUUCCUCAGGUCCACCGCCGCCGCCACCUCCACUGUUUUCCGGUAAAGGAAAUGUGAACAAGGGUGUUGCUCCACCCCCACCCCCACCAAGAUCCGCCCACGUUGCAGGAGCUCCUUCUCUGCCACCACCUAUGAUGAAGGGACGUAGUUUAUCAAAAACAGGUUCUUUAAAAGCCCAACAAUCUAAGAAGCUGAAGCCUUUGCAUUGGUUGAAGCUAACAAGAGCAGUAUCAGGAAGCUUGUGGGCCGAGACACAAAAAUCUGGUGAAGCUGCAAAGGCACCGGAGAUUGACAUAUCAGAACUUGAGUCUCUCUUCUCAGCAGCAAACCCAAAGUCAGAACAAGGGUAUGCAAAAUCAAAAUCUCGGGCAGCAGUAACGAAUAAGCCUGAAACAGUACAACUGAUUGAUCACAGGAGGGCAUAUAACUGUGAGAUCAUGCUUUCAAAGGUCAAAAUACCAUUGAAUGAAUUGAUGGAUCAUGUUCUAGCUUUGGAAGACUCAGCAAUGGAUGCUGAUCAAGUGGACAACCUCAUAAAGUUUUAUCCAACAAAAGAGGAGAUGGAGCUGCUUCAGGGAUACAAAGGAGAGAAGGAUAGAUUAGGCAAAUGUGAGCAGUUCUUCUUGGAGCUAAUGAAAGUUCCACGUACAGAAUCUAAGCUUAGAGUUUUUUCUUUUAAGUUACAGUUCAAUGCACAGGUUUCUGAUCUUAGGAAGAGCUUAAACAUAGUAAAUUUGGCUGUAGAACAGACCAGGAGUUCGGGUAAACUAAAGAGAGUCAUGCAAACGAUUCUUCAGUUGGGAAAUGCUUUGAACCAGGGGACUGCAAGGGGGUCUGCAAUCGGGUUCAGGUUAGAUAGCCUCCUGAAACUUGCAGAUACACGAGCAAGGAACAAUAGAAUGACUCUCAUGCAUUACCUCUGUAAGGUGCUUGCUGACAAGCUACCUGAAGUUCUUGAUUUUUCAAAGGAUCUUAGCAGUUUGGAACCUGCAGCAAAGAUACAACUAAAAUUUUUGGCAGAGGAAAUGCAAGCUAUUAUCAAAGGAUUAGAGAAAGUUGGACAGGAAUUAUCAAUGUCUGAAAAUGACGGACCUGUGUCUGAAAGUUUCCGCAAGGCUUUGAAGGAGUUCCUUUGUUCAGCAGAAGGUGAAGCAAGAUCAUUGGCUUCUCUGUAUUCUAGUGUUGGUAAAAACGUGGAUGCUUUAAUCAUAUACUUUGGUGAGGAUCCAGCACGUUGCCCAUACGAGCAAGUUGUUACAACUUUGCUGAAGUUUGUGAGAAUGUUCAACCAAGCUAAUGAAGAAAACGCCAAACAAUUAGAGGCGGAAAAAAAGAAGGCAGAGAAAGAAGCGUCUAAUGAAAAGCUGAAACAAACUCGGCCUGAUAUCAAGUCGGAACAUAUAAUGCCACAAUCACCGGUGUUCUGAGGUUCCGGGAUGUAUAUUGAAAAUGUAAAGUUGUAUAGUAGCAGAGUUUUGUCAGCAACCUACAGGACUCAGGUAUUUCAGUUGAAGGUUAGUCUCUUAAAACAGUUCCGUUCCGUUUAACUUGUGGUUGACUUUUCAGGUCAAGUGUAUGACAAUUUGAAAAAUUCUAUUCUAAUAAUAACAUUUGCAUGUUUGGUGAAUACUAACUUCAUUUUUAUUUUAUAAAUAAUAUACGUCUUUAACCCAGUAGUUAUAUUUUAACCUCAUUUUUAUUUUAUAUUUUUAAGUUUCAGUUAUCCCUUAUACUAUAAAUAGCAUACGUCUUUAACCCAGUAGUUUUAUUUUUUACUUAUAACUUUCGUUUGUUAGUAUUUUUUAAUAAACAUAUACGCGGUUGCACUUAUUUAUUUUUCUCGACAGUCCAAUUUUUUUCUUGACAUUCCGAUAUAAAUUUACUUGAAAACGAAGUUGUAUUCGAAAUAGCGGUAUGGUGAUGAACCGAUCAGGAACCGACCGAACAACAUCGGUAUCCGUAUUAGUGUUAUCGGAAUCUGUAUCGGUAUUUGUUUUUAUGAUUUUCGAUCAAUGUAAAACACGACUUUAUUUUAUGGGUUAUAUCAUACAAACUUUUGUGUGAUAUGUAAAUAAACUUUUUUUUAGUCGUUGAAAUCGAGCCUUUCAAAUUUUAACAUCUCCACCGCAACGCGUGGGUUUCAUCCUCUAGUUCAAAUUCAAAUACAUAUAUUAAUAAAAUCUAUAUAUUUUUUUAUUACUUUUUAUGAACUAGAGGUGGCAAAAUGAGUGAGCUUGGUAAUGGGCCAAAACGGGCAAUUCCAAAAUUUUUCCCAAAUUCGUUAAUUUGCGUAAAUAGUUAAGUGUGUUGAAUUUAGUUACAUUUUUAUUUAUUUAUUUUUUGAAUUUUAGGAGGUUUAUGCGUUAAAACUAUACUUCGGAGUUUGGACCACUUCCAACCCAUUUGACCCGUUUCUUUUAAGCUAUAUUAAUUUACGUGUUCGACCUAUUAAAAGAUAAAACGAUACCCUGGCAUAAAUGUGUUCAAGAUGACACCUCUAGUUAUAUGUGGUCAUCGAACCCCUUUUUUGCAUUUUUGACGAAUAUUUUGUGCAGAGUUGGAGCAAUUUUGCGCAGUCACAGCUUGUAAAUAUACAGGUUAAACAAGUUUAAUAAUAGACAUGUGAAGUCAAAGAGGCACUUAAUACAAAGAGAUGAUGUAGCAUACCCAGAAACAUUGUUUUGUAUCAUUGUAACAGACAAUUGUAAGUUACCAUUAUGUUUGUUGAAGUUAAAGCUGUUGGAAUUUUCGUGUAA